CCGUGACGGUGAUGAAAGGUUAAAUGUAUUGUGAUAGAAAAUAUAUAUGGCGUGAGAUUAGUUUGAGUAGUGUUUGAUUCAUUUUUGUAUGAAAUUUUAAUAGGCACGUUAUUGACAUUCUUGUUGCUUUUCUACGAUGCUAAUCUUAUUGAUUGUCUCAAUUCGCGUUGUGCGUUGUAUUCAUAUCAUCGAACAACUGUCAUCAACGAGAAUUAAUAGUUUGCUAGCUGUCAAAAUAAAAUUAAAUAACAUUACAAUUAUUAAAAAGUUAAAUCAUACACUCACAUUAUGUAAAACCGGAUAAUAGCGCGCGUGAAACGUGGGGUUGUGUUGUUUAGUAUAUAAUCAAUACUAUAGGGUAAAAAAUAUUGCAUUUUGCUUCUAUGGUAACUCAAAUAUUUGGAUUUAGUAAUUUGAUAAAUAGAUAUAUUCGUAUCUCUAGCAACUAAUUUUCGUUGAUCUUCACACUUUCAAUCACAUAUUUCUAUAGAUCAGUCAAUAAAUCAAAAUAGCUAAACAAAUUAUUUAAAAAUGUAAAUCAAAGCCACACGCACAUCUGCCCAUUUUAUAUAUUAUCUAUUCCUGUAAAUGGACCGUAAAUGGCAUACUUAUAUAAAGUUGUUACAUUCAAAAAAUUAAAUCUCAUUUGGUGGAAAAAUCAGUAUGUUCUUUUGUGAUAAAAUUGAAGGCAAGAGACAAUGUUCUAAUAUCGCUUACUGUGUAUGUGGAAACAGUCGUGCAUCAGGCAGAGGCAGUUGUUCAGAGGCGCGCAUACCUUCGUGUAAUUGCCAAAGUAACGUAGGAUGCCUGGAUCGCAGUGAUUACGGUGGUUUGCGAUCCAUCGGGACAGCUGCGACGGGCACGUGUCCUGGGCCCUGUCAAUGUGUCGAAGAGGAAAUUUGGAACAGUAACGUGCCGCCUAAACCGAAUUGCCGAUGGUUGAAUAACUUCGCCGAGUUGCGUCGUCAAUGGAGCGAUUACGGCCGCCAGCAGGCCUGCAAAUGCUGCAACUGCAGUCCAUCGUGCAGAACUGUCGCUCCAGGCCGACUGUGUCUUUCACCAACGCCGCCGUGUUCCGGUACCAUUUUAACUGCGUCAGACUGUCAGGUACACUGAAGCAGAUUCCUUGCCAAGAAUAGAAAGCGCUUGAGAUUCCUCUGAGAAAUGCUGUGGAAGCCGUCGUUUAGCGGGUGGAGCAAGCAAAUCGGAAAUGACAUCGAUAAAUAAAUCGUCGUCGCUUGAACGACCCUUGAAACGGGAAGCAGGCGGUGGUUGUCAAUGUUGUGCUUAUCCAUCGACCUGCUGUAAUUCCUUUAAUGCGGAUUGCUCGUCGACCGCUUCGUCUUGCUGCUCUUCGCAGUGCAGAUAUUCUCAAGUUUCGUCGCGACAGGCACCCGACUGUCAAUCCUGCACCUCACCUACUGCUCAGAAAUCUAUUUGGAAGAAGCGCAACUGCUACCAAUGUAACACGAAUUCCUGCCCGUGUCAGCCGAUGUCACGCGGCUGCAAUUGUCCGCCGCCGGUCCAGAUUGACGUGCGCGCUGCUCGCGAGUGUUCCUGUUCCAUUUCUACCUCCAGCCCGGAAUGUGCGUGUCCACCCAGUGAGCAAAGGUUCCCAAAAACGACGAUCAAGUGUCCCAACGUGCGUCUUUGCUGUCCCUUCUCUCAAUUACCACCAGCUCCCAAAUGUCAUUGCGCGCGAUGUCAAUCGUGCCCGCCACCAAUCUGCCAUCCAUGCACGACUACCAAGUGCCGGGGAUCAAUUCCGAAGGAUUUUUGUUACUCUCGCUUACCUACAUCGUAUCUACCUUGUCGACCAGCAUCAGCCGCUUCUUCUCAUCCCCCGACACCUCGUAAAAAAUUAACCUUCUGCACCGAGCGCGGUAGUCGACCUUCUUCGCCCUGUACAGGAACAGGUCAGUCUUUGCACGGUUGCAUAGCUGAUGAUAGAAACUCGGAAAAUAACAUCUAUAAAGAGCGACAUGACAUUGAGGAACGAGAGAAAUACGAUAUAAAAAAUUGCGACGAUCCGUGCGAUUGUUGCUGCGCGACAGAAUUUGAAAAUAGAUCUAAUCACGUUGACGAAAGUUGCGAUCUAAUACUGGGCGAGAGAUCUGAAUUAGAGAGUUUAACGUCAAAUAUGCUUAUUAAUUCGUCGAAAACCACAAAGCCUCCGAAGUCUGUCGAUCCGGAUUUGCUUGACAUGCCGGAAUAAGAAAAAGUAGGCGAAAUGACGCGCCGGAGAGCGUUUCCGUUCGCGUUUUUGUCAACGUUGGUGUUCUGCGUGACAUUCCAACAAGUCACUUCCGCUGAAACUAUUGAAAAUAAGAGUGUCACUGAAAAAGAACAACCAUCAGGUUGCAUCGAAUGCGGAUAUUACAGGUGUCCAGAAAACCCUGGAAAAUGUUUGUUAGGAUCGGUACCUGAUCCUUGCGGAUGUUGUCCAGAUGGUUUGUGCGCCCGUUUCCUUGGCGAACCAUGCUGGAAUGCAAGUAUCUCUCUUUUAUCUCCAAAGCACCGUAAUGAUGGAUACUGCGCAAGAAAUUAUCUGUGCGAGUUGCGAUCUGACCUACAAGAAGAGGACACUCCGGAGGCAACCUGCGUCUGCAUGGAACAAAGUCCGGCCUGUGGUAGCAAUAAUGAAACUUACGCGACACCCUGCGCAUUGCACGAAGAGGCGAUGAAACUUAGAAACUCAUCUUCCUUGAGGUUGCAGCAUCUCGGUCCUUGCGAAAGUAGACCUUGGAUUCUGUCAACUCUGGAAGACGUUGCAUCGUCCUUCGGUCAACGUGUCGCAUUAAAUUGCGAGGCAAAAGGAUUUCCAGUGCCGGAUAUCUUUUGGGAAUUUCACUCAGCUGACGGGAGAAGAAUACUGAAAUUGCCUGAAAAGGAACAUGAGGCGACGAUAAAUACGAGCGACGGUCCAGAGCCGCUUAUGCGAACAUCUUGGAUGCAAUUGACUCGGCUGAACAAAGAACAUAUUGGAAUAUAUCAUUGCAUUGCUAACAAUUCCAUAGGUGAAGCAAGUGCGAGUUCAUUCGUGUCUAUAUCAUGAGAUAUAUUAUGCAUUUCGUGAAAUAAUUUCUUAUGUUACUAUUGCGCAGGAAUAUGAUAUGGUAAGAAAAACAAAUUCUAGUAUUCAGAAAGUACAUAUUUUUCAUAAACAGACAUAUAAAGAAUUUUUCACAAUUAUAAUAGAUUACAAUUCUUAGUUUGAAUAUAUUUUAUUAAAAUAAAUGGCAGUCGAUUAUUUUAAUGUAAAGAAAACUUACGAUAAUUAAAAUACUAGCAAGAUUUUUAUUUCGUACGCCCUAUACAUUAUUUUAAGGUUCUUCAAUGUUCUUGCCAUAUUCUUUGCUAUAUAUUCUUGCCACAUAACUCUGAUAUCAUAUUAAUAUCUUUCCGGAUAUGCUUGUAACAUGAAGUUUUGUUUUUUCGUCAUUGUUACCAAUUGCUUUGCGGCAGCGGAGGUGGACUGUAAAAUAUAAUUUCAGCUACAAAUACGAUUCAAUAUCAAUAAUUUAUAUAUGCUUUAUACACGCUUUU